ACGUGACUGCACGUAGCGCUGAAGUGCGCGAGGUUCCGCGAGUGGAGAGACACAGAGACAGAGAGAGAGAUACGGGGACAGAGACAGACAGAGGAGCUGAGGUCUGUGCUGCAGAAUGAGUGCGUUGGCGUUGCUCCUCCUCCUCCUGGUGGCGGACGCUCAGCUGCUAUCGGAGAUGUACGGCAGCCUGCAGUCUCCAAACUUCCCGGAGCCGUAUCCACGGGAGGCGGAGCUUCGCUGGAACAUCAGCAUCCCCGCCGGCUUCCUGGUGAAACUGUACUUCAGCCACUUCGACCUGGAGCCGUCGUACCUGUGUGAGUACGACUAUGUCAAGGUGGAGGCGGAGGGGGAGGUGCUGGCGUUGUUCUGUGGGCGGGAGGAGACGGACACGGAGGCGGUGCCGGCUCAGCAGGUCAUCACGUCGCCCAGGAACUCCCUCAGCGUCGUCUUCCGCUCCGACUUCUCCAACGAGGAGCGAUACUCUGGAUUCAUGGCUCACUACAGCGCUGUGGACAUGGACGAGUGCAGCGAGCGCAGUGAUGAAGACCUCCUCUGUGAUCACUUCUGCCAUAACUACAUCGGAGGAUACUACUGCUCCUGUCGCUAUGGUUACCUGCUUCACUCUGACAACCGCACCUGCAGAGUGGACUGCAGUGACGGUGUGUUCAGGGAACGCUCUGGCAUUCUGAGCAGCGUAGAUUUCCCAUCUCCGUACCCGAAGAGCUCGGAGUGUUUGUACCGCAUUGAGGUGGAGCCAGGCUUCAGGCUCCGCCUCCAGUUCGACCCUGUCUUUGACGUGGAGGACCACCCCGAUGUCAGCUGCCCCUACGACCAUGUCAAGAUUACAGCCGGUGGCCGUCACUUCGGUCCAUUUUGCGGAGAUCGUUCUCCAGGUGAGAUCCAGACUGAAAGCAACACCGUCACCGUCGUCUUCCACAGCGACAACACCGGAGAGAACCUGGGCUGGAGGAUCACAUACACGUCUAUAGGAAGUACGUGUCCUGCACCUGAAGUCCCGCCCAACGCUGUGCUGACCCCCGUCCAAUCAGAAUAUUCCUUCAGAGACCACAUCCUGUUCACCUGUUCACCUGGAUACACACUGCUGAAGGACGGAGAGACUCUGGAUCAUUAUCAGAUGGACUGUCAGUCAGACGGCUCGUGGAGCAGCAGCAGCCCGCCUCUCUGUCAGAAAACAGACUCUGGGAGGAAGAGGCGGUCUCUGUCCAGCAUCUUAAUCAAUGACAGCCAACUUUAGUCAACGACUGAUUCUUAUUGGCUGAUAGAGAAACUGUAGGAAGAGUUGAGUUGUCAGAAACUGAUUUUCUAAUAAAAGAAAUGAAAAGAGAA